AUAAAAAGCAAAACUAAUCCAGACAAAAUAAAUCCAUAAACAGUCAGAUAACUGUAAUUUAUUGUUCGGGUACCGACAAAACGCGCCGAGUGAGACAUCCUGUCAGUUGCCUCCUCUUUGUUCAGCCUGUUUCCUUUACUGAGGACGUAAUUUCUGCCCAAUGUGCGCGCUCUGACGUGCCACAAAGGGACGUAAGAGUCUAGAAAGGCUCGGGGCGGUGCGCACGAGCAAGUCCUCAGUUUCGUAGAAGCAGCAAGGCGGUGUCACCUGAGCGCAGUGAAGAUUAAACCUGAAAUAUAACAACAGAUAUUUCCCGCCGCAGGUCUUUUCUCUGGGGUUAUGGGUAGGACGCCGCUCUGAGGUAGCGUCGAACCGGCAGCCUUUUCCUUUCUCAAACGGAAAUAAUGAUGAAGAAGGACAUCAGCUUGAGCCUGGCGGACGACGCUGACCUCAAACCGCACCUUCGUGACGCCGAGAACAUCCUUAACUCCCCGGACCUGGGGCUGCUCAAGCUCGCCUCCCCGGAGCUGGAGAGGCUAAUAAUCCAGUCCAAUGGGAUGGUCACCACGACGCCGACCAGCUCCCAGUUCAUCUACCCGAAAACGGUGACGGACGAGCAGGAGUUCGCCGAGGGCUUCGUGAAGGCGCUGGAAGACCUACACAAGCAGAACCAGCUGAACGGAACCGGGCAGACCAACAACACUCUGGACCUUGGUGUUAACAUCGCCCCGGUUACCAUACAGCCGGAACUACCUGUUUACACGAAUCUGAACAGUUACGGGAGUGGGCCACUGGGAACCACGGUCAACUACUCCACGGACACGGUUCCGUUCCCGCCGCCUCCGUCGCAUCACUUGGGGGCAGCCCCGCUGCAGCAGGAGCUCUCUCGGGUUCAGCCGCUGAAGGAGGAGCCUCAGACCGUCCCUGACGUGCAGAGCUUCGGGGAAAGCCCGCCGCUGUCCCCCGUCGACAUGGACUCACAGGAGCGCAUCAAAGCCGAGAGGAAGAGGCUCCGAAACCGGAUUGCAGCCUCCAAGUGUCGGAGGCGCAAACUGGAGCGGAUCUCCAGGCUAGAGGACAAGGUGAAAACGCUGAAAACCCAGAACACCGACCUGGCCUCCACGGCCAGCCUGCUGAGGGAGCAAGUGGCCCAGCUGAAACAGAAAGUUCUCACGCACGUCAACAGCGGCUGCCAGCUGCUGCCACAUGAAGUCCAAGUACACUAGUGGGACGGACAGACCUCCUGUUGGGCUACAGACCAGCAUAUAAGCACCAUGGACGUUCUAGAUGCUGGUUUCUUCUACAUGUAGCCCGGAUAUGUGUGCCAAACCGGCUGCCAUCACUAAUCGGCUGCUUUAAAAUGUUAUUUGGGAUUGUUAACAUGUAAACAUGCGUGGUAGAACAUGAGAUAGCGGUCAUAUUAAAGGGACUUUGACAAUGAUAUCGGCCAAUGUAAACGAAAAUAUCUUUAUUUAUUAUGCAGCUGCCUGAUGACAGCGGAUCACUAGGUUAUAAUCUUUUGUCAUGUCUUAAUAAUUAGUUUAUUGGACAUUGGCUGAAAUGAAGAACAGAUGCCUUCAGUUGAUUGAAAUCAUGUUCUACCUCGUGUGUGUGUGUGUGUGUGUGUGUGUGUGUGUGUGUGUGUGUGUGUGUGUGUGUGUGUGUGUGUGUGUGUGUGUGUGUGUGUGUGUGUGUGUGUGUGUGUGUGUGUGAGGGAUAAUCAUUUAUCCUAUUUUGUAUUUCUGUAUUUGCAUGUUUUUGACUAACUCGAAUGUUGCCCUCAAGCUUGGGCAUCAAGUGGCGCCAUAUAUUCAGUGUUUAUUAUACUCAGACUUUGUGUAUGUCUUUCUUUUAUUUUUAUUAUUUUUACCAAAUUGUCAUUACUUCGUUGUGUUUUAAAUGUGAAGAAUAUUUCUGUUGCACAGACUGUUGCUGUUACUUUGUAGCCUUCAGUUAUUUGACUUCAUGCCUUUGUGUUUGAAUUAAACGCUGCUCAGCAAUCCAAA